AUGGGAAGAACAAUUGCUAAGAAGAAUUCUCCUUCCACCGCCACCGCAACACACCCUCCUUACUUCGAAAUGAUUGCGGAUGCGAUAUCCACGUUGAAAGAGAGCAACGGUUCGAGCCAGCAAGCCAUAGCCAAGUUCAUCGAGGAGAAGCACGACAAGGUGCUACCUCCAAACUUCAGGAAACUGCUCUCGCUCCAGUUGAAGAAUUUGGUCAACUCGCAGAGGCUCUGCAAGGUGAAAAACUCGUACAAGAUCUCCUCCGGCGAGAUUGGUGAGAAGAAGAAGAAGGAGAAGAAGGAGAAGGUCAAGAUGCUGUGUCAGAUCAAGACACCCGAAGCUCUUAAGAUUAAGGAGAAAGUGAAGCUUCUGAGUGAGGUGAAGACCCCUGAAGCAAUGAAGAAGAAGAAGCCCAUUGACUCGACCAAGCCCAAGCCCAUCAAUUCUUCCAGGCCCACCAGGAAAGCUAGGAAAUGAAACCUCUUUUUUUUUGGCAUGGAGCCUAAUCAAAAUAUUUAUUAGACAACACCUAUCUGUCUUGUGUUAGAUUUUUUUUUUUCCUUAUUUCUUUGUCCUGCUAUGCUUGGA